AUGCUAUCUCCAACUACUACGUUACUUCCCAGGUUCUUACAACAGGAAGAAAUUCUGACACAAGAAUGUAAAACCUUAAUCUCCACUUUACCCAAAGAAAAUGGAUGGGUUGCCUCUCAUCUCUACAAAUAUCAAGGUUUUUGGAAUACACCAAGGCACCUUCAAGGAAUCAUGACCUGUCAAGAACAUUUUGAGGCUCGGGAUUCUGAUGUUUUCCUUGUUACAACUCCGAAAUCAGGGACAACUUGGUUGAAGGCACUCAUGUUCACCUUAAUGAAUCGAAUGCAGAACCCGAAGGACAUCUUCGUGUCCCUUUGGCACUUCACUAACAAGUUAAGGCUUCAAGAAAUGGGAAGUAAUUCACUUGGAGAGACCUUUGAUAUGUUCUGUAGAGGAGUGACUAUUUAUGGACCCUUUUGGGACCAUGUGUUAGAUUAUUGGAAAGAAAGCAUGGAGAAGCCUUAUAAGGUAUUCUUCUUAAAGUACGAGGACAUGAAAGAAUGCCCAACAGAUAAUCUUAGAUGCAUUGCUGAGUUCUUGGGGUGUCCAUUUUCCAAAGAAGAAGAAGAAUCUGGAAUGGUGGAACAAAUCUUAAAGCUAUGUAGCUUCGAUACUUUGAGCAACCUGGAAAUCAACAGGACUGGGAAGCUGUCAUCUGGUGAGGAAAACAAGGCAUUCUUCCGUCGGGGCGAGGUUGGAGAUUGGAAGAAUCAUCUUCCUACUGAGAUGGACGCAAAUUAA